AACAUUAAUAAUAUAAUAAUAGUAUGAUAUGAAUAUCAUUUGUAUUGUAUAGAUAGAUUUUCAAAGUAUAAUGUUCCUACAUAACAUGAUGAACUCUUCCUAAACCAUAUUCUUAAACGAAAACAGCGACGACAACAACAACAAAAACAACGACAAAAUUAACAACAUCAAUAAUCAUAAUAACAACAAUCAUUAUUCAUGUCUUUAAUGACAGCUGAUUUAUCAAAUCAAAUUCCAACUGUAUUAAUAAUGUUAGGUAUUAUAUGUUUAAUUGGAAUAUUUGGUAAUACACUUGUAAUAAUUGUAUAUUCAUUAAAACAAGAUCGUUUAACAGCUACAUUAUUUAUACUUAUAUUAGCUAUAUCAGAUUUUUUAGCAUGUAUUACCUUGAUACCUGGUACAAUGAUUAUAGAAUAUGUUGAAUGGAAUAUUGAUUCAACAUUUUUAUGUAAAUUUUAUUAUUUUAUAAAUAAUACUUUUAUACCAUUCAGUAGUUUAUUAAUUAGUUGUAUAGCAUUUGAUAGAUAUUUUUGUUUAUGUCAUCCAUUUAAAAAUAUUUUAACAAGAGAACGAGCUAAACGUGUCAUUUUAAUAUUGAUUUUUAUAUGUAUUAUAUUAGGAUUUAGUUCAACAUUUACUGUUAGAGUUGAACAAGUUCAUUUUGAUACAAAUAUAAUCAAUAAUAAUAAUGAUAAUAAUAAUAAUAAUAAUCGUCAUAGCAACAAAACUAUAGAUUAUAAUUCAACUAUCAAAUUUGAUUAUUCAUUUAAUUCAUAUUAUAAAAGUGAAAAAUUUGAAUGUACAGAAAUAUUAAAAUUAAAUCAUACAAUGAUAGAAACAGUUCUAUAUCAGAUUGUACAAAAAAGUCAAACAUGCAGUUAUAUUUUAUGCAUUCUCUGCGUCGUUACACUUUAUAUAUUGAUUUAUCGUUCAGUAUCAAAAGUAUUUAAAAAACGUUUAGAAUUAAAAGGUGUAAAAAAAGAGAAUAAAAAACAUAAAAAAAUCGAAAAGAAUCAUAAAAAAAAGAAAAAUUGUGAAUUUACAUUUAGAAAUUUAUUUAAUUAUCAAUCGAAAAAAAUAAAAAUAUCCCCAAUGAAAUUAACAUUAACAAAUCAAGAUAAUCCAUUCACUCAAUGUGAUGGAUUCAAUCAACAUAUAAAUAAUACUAUAAUAUCUGAAUCAAAUUAUACGGAAACAAUGAAACCAUUAAAUGUUUUAUCAUGUAAUACUAUUGAUAUAAAAAAUAAUGAAGAAAUGAAUGAUCCAUCACAAAAACACGAUCAUCAUCAUCAUCAUCAACAACAACAACAACAACAGCACCACCACCACCAUGAAGAACAACAACAACAACCACAAACAAUGAAAUCAAAUACAUUAGUUCCUAUAAAUUGUUGUCAUAAUACAGAAUCAGUUAUGAUUCAACCAAUUACAUUAAAUUAUGAAACUAAUUUAAUUAUAAAUGAAGAGAAAACACGUCGUUCAAUGAAAACCAUCAAAGAUAAUAUUGCAUUUCAAAAUUUAAAAACAGCAGCAAUGUUAUUUGUUGUAGCCGUUGUUUAUAUUGUUACAUUUAUACCAGCUAUGUUAAUGGCUAUACAAUAUGUACCAUUAUAUUUACCAAUAUUUUAUUUAUAUUAUAUAAAUAAUGCAAUUAAUCCAAUUAUAUAUGGUUUUAUGAAUCCAAAUUUUCGAGCUGAUAUACAUUUACUUAUUUGUCAAAAAUUAAAAUGUAUAUAAAAUGAAUAUGAAUGAUACUUAACAAUGAUGAAUAAAGUGAAUAGAUCAUUUGAUUCAAUUUAUAUAUUGUUGAAUAAAAAGAUCUAAUCUUAUUCUAAAUGUAUGGAUCAAUUCUUCUUUAUUUGUAUUUGUACAUUCCUUGAAUUGAGAUUCGAUAUAUAUAUAGAGAGUAUUGUAUUAUUGUAUUACAUAAUAUAUAUGUCUAUGUCUAUUAUAUCCUAAUUAAUUGUAUAUAAUGUCAUACACGUUGCAUAUGACUUUAUUAUAACUGCAAUAACAAAUACCAUUGUUAAAUUACAUAUGUAUCUAAACAUAAAUGUUAUUUCAUUACUAUAAAUCAUAAAAAAUUAGUGGAGACAUUCUUUUUGUUCUUAUGAACGUUAAACUAGUUGUUCUAAAAGCAAUUCUGAAGUUUUAUUCAUUAGUAGGUAAUAAUGACUAGGUGUUAUGACUUUUAAAGCAAAAAUGUAACUAAUUAUGUAUUUAUCAAAUACAUGAAGUUGUAGAGAUUGUUGAAUUUAAAAUGAUAUUAUGAUUGGAUUAAUCACAAAGCGCAAUUGAAAACCUAAAAUAAAACAUCGGAUGACCGAGACCGAAAAUCCUGAAUUCGAAUCCAGUGUGCGGGAUUGUGUAUACACACUGCUGAGGAGUUCUAUACUAAGACGAAAUGACCGUCCAUUGUUUUCAGAUUCUCAAUGGUGGUCUAAUACUGACCCAUUGAUGAUAUCAAUCUAGAAUAAGAUGUGUUCCUUCGUGGUCAGAUUGAGAGGUAGAUAUAGAUAGUCGGCUUAAACAAAUCUUGAAUUUCUUUUAAAGUCAAGUUUGCACAAAUGUCUCAAAUGUUCUAAAUCGGUAUAAAUGGAGACCAGUAGUUAGAUAUCUACUGCUAAACUAUACAUGCACAAUUUGCUAAGACAGUUCAUUGUUUGAUAAGAUUAACAUUAUCGGAACACUAAGACUGGAAAUACUAUUAAAACUUCGACCACCAAGAAUAUACAUUAUGUAGAGACCUAUUAAAUUUCAGUGUUUAUUGUAUGUAAAUGUUUGAGAUAAUAUAGUCAGAGAUUUUACCAAACGUUUUGUAAAAUACAAGUAAUUUCAUGUGAAUAAGGAAGUAGCCUUGAAACACUACCGCAUAAUAUAAAGGAUCAUGUGUAGUAUUGAUAAAACAUUAGUUUAGAUGAUUAACUUUGCAGUUCUACACCAAAAGAUGUAAGCAAUGAAAACGUUUGUGAUAACAUGCACCAUAGAUGGUCAUUAGUAAUAGUAGCUUCCAAUUAUUCCUCAUCAUAUUUUGCCAUUGUUCCGUGCAACCGGUUGGCUUGAUUUUAAUAGCAAUAGAAUAGUAAUAUGAGAAUAUUUUAUCAAUUGAGUAAGUAAUAUAAACAACAACUUCUGAUUGUUACUUUCCUUAAUAUUGAAUAAUUUUUCAUAAUCAUUAAUUUCAGUCAACCAAUUCAAGAAUCAUACUUUAAUACAUUUAAUUAUUCUCUUAGUAAAUAAUCGUUCGAUUCAGUGAUCUAAACGUUGGACGUUCGUGAGUGAGACCGAAAUUCAUGGGUUCGAGUCCUGCAUGCAGGAUCAUGGAUGGGCACUAUUGAAUGAAACGGUCGUCCAGAGUUUUCAGGUUUUUAGUGAUGAUCUAGCUUUAAUCGACUCAUGAAUAUAACUAUUAAAGUAAUCGUUCUCUUUUAUCAUUUUCAAUAGUACCAUAAAAUUCAACAGAUCAAUGAACGUUCAGUAUUGUUUCAUUUUUUAGGUUUUGAGUAACUUCAAAAGAAGAACUAUUUUAAAACCGAAAUAAACUGAUAUGGAUAAAGUAACACUAAACACUAAAACAAAAAAAAUUCUAAAUAAUUCGGAUUCAUUUUCUCCCUUUUGUCCAGUCAUGCAAUAUAACAAUAAAUCUUAUAAGUAUGAUAACCAUCCUAUACGAUUCAUUUAUUAUUCGGUUUUAGACAAAUUAAAACAAAAUAAACAUAUUAAAUUUCAAAGCAUAAAUUCAAUAUUAAAUCAACAAUUUUAUUUGAAUGGUUGAUAUUAUGAGUCAAUUGAAGCUAGACCACCGUGGAAAACCUGGAAGCAGUGGACUCCCGCUUCGUCCUAUUGUGGAACUCCUCAGCAGUG